CCCCAAUAUCGCGGCUGCCUUCUCCGCCUUCGCUUCCCCCUUCUCCCUCCCCCCGAUCCCUGUCCUCUCGCAUCCUGCUCCCGUGCCCUCUGCCUCCGCCCUCCCCCCCCUCGCCCCCGCACCGGCCAGCCACCCGCCCCGCAGGACUCCCUCUCUUUGUCCUCCCUCCUCCCGCGCCCUCCCCUGGACGUCCGUGCGCACCAUGGAUUUCCGCAUUGCUAAGGGCCGCUUCAAGCUGAAGCGGCGCAUUGGAUCUGGCGCCUUCGGCGAGGUGUACCUCGGCAUCGAUCAGACCAACGGCUCCGAAGUGGCAAUUAAGCUGGAGCCCAUCAGUUCCGAACAUCCGCAACUGCACUACGAGACCCGCGUGUAUCGCCUCCUCAGCGGCAGCAACACCUUCCCCAAUGGCGGCAUCCCCAAGGUCCAUUGGUUCGGCAAGGAGGGCGAGUAUUAUGUCAUGGUGAUGGAGCUACUUGGCCCCAGCCUGGAGGCUUUGUUUGACUUUUGCAAGCGCCGCUUCUCCGUGAAGACGGUCCUCCUCCUUUCGGACCAGCUAAUCUCCCGCGUGGAGGCGCUCCACCGCGCGGACUUCAUCCACCGCGACAUCAAGCCCGACAACUUCCUGAUGGGCCGGCGCCAGACAGCCAACGCCGUCCACCUGGUGGACUUCGGCCUGGCCAAGCGCUUCCGUGACCCCAAGACUCGCACGCAUGCCUACUAUCGCGAGGGCAAGAGUCUCACCGGGACAGCUCGCUAUGCCUCCAUCAACACUCACAAGGGUAUCGAGCAAUCCCGUCGUGACGACAUGGAGGCCCUCGGCUACAUCUUCAUGUACUUCUUGCGGGGCUCCCUCCCGUGGCAGGGCCAGCGCCACGGAACCAAGGCACAGAAGUAUGAAAAGAUCAAGCACAUCAAGAUCAACUGCCCCCCGGCCCAGCUGUGCCGGAGCUAUCCCAAUGAGUUCCUUGAGUACUUCAACCAUGUGCGCGGCCUUCGCUACAAUGACAAGCCGGACUAUGUGUACCUGCGCAACCUCUUCCGCAACCUCUUCAACGCCCGGAACUUCGUCUACGACUACAUGUUCGAUUGGUGUGUGGUCAGCCAGAAGUGGGGCGUCACCCCGCCCGGGGACAUGAUGCUGGAGACGUACUUCCCGCCCCAGGGGGGCAGCGGCGUGGCCGCCCUCCCCGCCGGAGGGGCGCCCCAGGAGGGCGACUUCCGGAAGGCACUUCCCCCCACGCAGGACGCCGAUGGCGAGGAGGAGACCCCGCUGGCGCCCGGAUCGGGCACCGGCCUGAAGCCAUCGUCGCCCCCGGUGCCGGCCGCCGGGGGAGCCCCCGCCGACCUGUCGGCCUCCGCUGCUCCUGGGGCAGCCGCCGGUGGGGCAGCUUAUCUCCAGCAAUAUGGCGCCAGCAACCCGGCCCCGGCCGGUGGCUCGAUGCCCACCACGUCAGGCACCCUGCCGACCAACUCCGACAUCACUCUCGGCGUGGCCACCCUGCGGGUGUCUGGAAAUGUGCCGGCGUCAGCCCCUCCCGCUGAUGACCCGGCCGCCGGGACUGCCAAGCCGUCGGCCCUUCGGCGCAAGCCCCGGCCUGACCCGGGGGCAGCCGUCGAUGGUGGCAGCCUACCUGUCGCCGGGGCAAUCCCCCCGACCGAGGCACCGGCGGCUGCCACCUCGCCGGCCCUUGUCAAGUCUCAAAAUCCUCCCGGCUCGACCCCACCUCCUUCCUCAGCCAUAGAGGCCCCCAUGCCGGCUGACGGUCAGGAUGACAAUGCCCAGCCAGCCGUUCAGAGUCGCCGUCGCCAGCUCCGCCGGCUGCUCUUCCCCUCGUCAUACGGGGGCGACGAUGCCUCCUGAAUGGGCGAGGGGAGGACACACCUGCGAAGGCGGUGGGUCAGGGCGCCUGUGUGUGUGUGUAUGUGUGUGUAUGUGUGUGUGCGCGCGCGCACCCUCUUCGGGUUCUUGUGCUUUCGUCCGCGCUCUCCCCCCCUCCCGAAUGCGCACACAUUCCCUUUGCAAAGGGAGGCGAGGGAGGCCGGAGAGAUAUACACGCGUAUGUGUGUGUACGUGUGUGUGAGCGCGCGCGCGCGCGCACAUGUGGCACCCCCAGCCGCAGCAGCACCCAGCAGCAGGGGGAGGGGCCCCACAGAGAGGGCCCCGACUGCCGUGCGCAUCUUCCCUCUGCUCCUCGCCCGCGCUCCUUCCCAUGCCAUUGGCAGCGACCUCUUGUAUUCUAGUCACCACACUCUCCCUUCCUAAGUCCUUGUUUAUACACAUUUUGGUCACCCA